UCAGAAGGUCAGACAGAAUCCCCUCUGCUCAGCGGAAGACUAAAGACAUCAUACACUGACACUCUGACCCUUAUACACAAUCGUCGUAAACACCCACACACACAUACAACACGAGUACGCACACACUACCCAGAUAAGCACCGAUUCCUGUCCUCGCAUAGGCCAACCCCUCUACUGGUGGUUCCUGGUCUGGUGAGAUCUGCACAUUGCUUAGCUGCCAAAAAAACAGGUCAAUUACACCUCGUGUCCCAACCUGGGAUUCUAUCAUUAUUGAAUAGUUAGUAGCAUAAAGAGAGCGCCGCUCUCCUAUUUAUUUAGGUGUGUUAAACCUGCCGAGAGAUAUUCCUUCCUGUCACUCAGCUGGGUGGCAUUAGAGGUUCUGUCUUCCACUCCUCUCUGGUGAAUCACAACAGCGUUGUUAGCGCCGACCAGAUUGCUGUCUGUCGCCGAGGUAACUAAUGAAGAGGACACUGUGACUGACAGGUGGCAUUAGAUGUUAUUGUUAUCGUUUAUUUUGGCUGCAUUAGUGCCGCUGACAAAUGAUCUCAUUACAUGCCAACAUGCUCGUGCGAGAGACGCGGGGAAAGAAAUAAAUUGGGACGUUGGGAACAUGGUUCAUUUAGUGUAUGUGUGUAGGUGUGUGUGUAGGUGUGUAGGUGGGUGUGUAGGUGGGGGCAUGUAUGUGUGGGUGUGCAUGCGUGGGUGAUGUGUGAUGGGCGAGCAUUGCCUGGGAUGAAAGUUUGUAGAUAGUAGAUCCAUCUGUGCCGACAGACUUGCUCAUGUCACCAGAUUAUGUAACUCCACAGUUUUAGUGGGCAGUUCCCAACGUGACAGUGGGAUGCUACUGAGCAUAGGCUUGUCACACUGCACUUAGCCCAGGGCUAAAAGCAUUCUUAGAACCUUCUUAGCCCCAGGCUAAGGGAGCUGUUAGCCCCAGGCUAAGAAAGCUUUCAUAUUGGCUCAAUCCGGGCACAUUUCAAAGUGGCCUAGCCCCGACUUUACCCGAGGGCUUGCUGGCUCUGCUCUGGAACAGGGUUAGCCUCACGUUUGCAGGGUUAUCCUCUGAAAAUGGACCAAACACGGGGCUAAAAGGCGCCCAUGUGAAACUGGGCUUUAGAUUAACCCUGGGUUAGCAAUGUGUGCGUGAAAAGGGUCUAACUUAUCCCGGGGUCCGCUCUUUGCCUAGGGCUAAGGAUAGCCCUGGGCUGAGAAUACGCUGUGUGAAAAGCCUGUCAGCUGGGCGAGGCUGUGAGUGUUUGUGGAUGCAUUUGUGUGAGUGGUUGUGUCUUUGUGCACAUGUGUAUGUGCAUGUGUACCUCUCCUCCACUGUGUGUGUGUGUCUGUGUUUAUGUUGGAGGACUGAGCCUAUGUGCUUCUAACUGACAGAGACCAGCGCUCCAGGAGCAGGUGACCCAAAGCCAGGCCUCUCGGACCCAGAACCUCUCACACAGACUCCAGAGCCCCUCCCCCGCGUCGACGACGCCUCCCCAGAGGCCGACGCCCUCCCAACGGAGCCCCCAGCCCCAGAGGCGGAGCCCAACCUCACUGACAGCCUUCCCCCCACCACACCCACCCCACGCCCAGAACAGCCUUUGGGGGAAUCGACUUCUUCAGACACACAGUCCCUGCCCCCUCCCACAUCCUCUCCACCAAUAGCUGAGGAGUCCGCAACACUGAUGGGAAAGGAGUCCACGUCGUCUCCACUAAUUGUAGUCGAGUCCGACCCCCCUCAGCCAAUCCCCGAGGAGUCCUCCUCCUCUCCACCAAUUGUGGAGGAGGAGUCCACUCCACCUGUCCAAGCUGAGAACUCCCCCCCCAUGACAAGCCCGCCCUCGACGGAACAGUCUGAGCCAAUGGUGCCUGAGAAUGAAGCUCCGCUCAAACCCGAGGCCAUGGACGCUGAGAAGCCCACGCCGUCCCCCGGACAAACCCCUGAUGAGGAGAGAGGAGGACAGGGAGAGAGGGGAGGGGAAGAAAGAGGCGGGGAGAAGGUGAACGAGGGAGAGGAGGAGGAGGAGGAGAAGAGGGAGGCCGAAGUCCCCUCAGAACCAGAGGGUCCCGCAUCUGAGGCGCUGGCCACGGAGGAGUCACCUGACCCCUCUGGAGGAAAGGGGGAGGGAGAGGAGGAGGAGAAAGAGGAGGAAAAGAAGGGCAGAGAGGAAACUGAAACUGAAGAUCAAGGUAACUGGCGAAACGUUGCGAAGGACACGUAGGCUAUGCUGAUCUGUAGAUUGUAGUCUACCGUAAGGGUGUGUGAAAAGAAUGGCACUGUUUCGACUUUGUUUCAGCCGGUCAGACAUCAUAAGUCGACCUGUGGAGUUGAGAGGCGAAUGAGCUGCUGCCUCGAUAUGGGCGCAGCCAGUCAGACCUGACUAGUGGCCACGUAGAGCAUACUUGUAGAUCAUCGGCAGGAGUGUGACUGUUUUUCUGUGGUGCUGGCAGAGCCUCUAAAACCAGAGACAGGGACUGAGAGAGGAGGUCCUUCAGGGAAACAGGAGGAGAAGGAGGAGAAGGCGGAGGAAGAAAAGGAGGAGGAGAAAGAGGUGGAACAAACAAAGGAGGAGGAGGAAACGGAGGACAACGGGGAGGAAGAAAGGAAAGAAGAGA